AUGGCUCUUCAUCAGGUUGACCCUCUUGUCCAAGACUUCAUCAACGUUGUCGAUGGAAGAAAAGGGUGGAGGGAGAACUUUGAGACUGCCAUCACAACUGCUCGCAGGGAUGCCGAGGACGACAUGAACCAUCAGAAGAUCCAUAAUCUGGCAGAUUUUUUCCGUUACGUCAAUGACUUCCUGCAUUGGGUGCCGAGGGUGGACGGCACCGGGGACGAAGUCCUUCGCAAGAUUUGCGUCUUCUACUGGGUCUUUGACCAGCCCAGCGUUCGCGGUUAUCAAAGCAAGCUGGAUCCCAACAACACCGAGGGCCCCCUGACCUUCAUGUCGUACUGGCUCGUCAACUACGCCCAGCAGCUGGGAAGCUUCCUGGACCGUCCGGAAUCCCUAACGACACAGACCCUGGAUACAUUCUACAACAACCCCAACUACAAUGCCGAAGCAGAUCAGUGGCUCGAGCCACGCGGCGGCUGGAAGUCGUUUAAUCAGUUCUUCGCUCGGCAUCUGAAGCCUGGCUCGCGGCCCAUCAGCGAGCCCGACAAUCCCAAAGUUGUCGUCAUGCCGGCAGACUCUACAUUUGACGGCUGGGCUGAUAUCAAGGAUGGGGUGGUCAAUCUCCCCGGCGGCACGGAUGAGGUCAAGCUCAAGGGUAUUUCCUGGAAGAUUAGCGACCUGUUGCAGGACAGCGACUACAAAGACGAGUUUCGGAACGGCGUAUUUAUGCACUCGUUCCUCUCGACUCAUGACUAUCAUCGGGAACAUGCGUGUGUGGGUGGAAGGGUGCUCGAUGUCAAGAACAUCCAAGGCCAGGUUUACCUCGAGGUUGACGCUUCGCCUGAAAGGAAAAGGGGCCUGGUGCCGAUUAGGCCGUUGCCCUUGCCUCGACGGGGAAAGGGACGGGGCAUUAUCCCCCCGGACCGCGCUGGAUACCAGUGGUGCCAGACACGCGGUCUUAUUGUGAUUGACGGCGGAGACAUUGGCCUUGUUGCUAUAUUGCCGAUUGGCAUGGCGCAGGUCUCGUCGGUCGUCAUGACAGCUCAAGUGGGCUCUACCCUGGCCAAGGGCGAUGAGAUAUCGUACUUUCAGUUUGGCGGAUCCGACAUUGUCGUCGUCUUUCAGAAAAAGGUCAAGUUUCUCGACGCUCCAUUGGGCCAGCAUUUCAAGAUGGGCCAAAAAAUUGCCACGUUUGCUUGA